UCAGGGAAACAAUUGUUGAAAUUUAGCUGGACUUGUUUUGUUUUGGUUAGCCAUCGAAGCCGAUGUUUUCUUUUUAACAAUGCAAUUGUUAAUUAACAGUUCAGUAGUAAAUAAAUAUUAGUCUCUAACUUUUUUGGCUAUGGGGUCACUGAAGUUCAACGUUGGACAAGAAGAGUCAGCGACGACGACCACAGUGUCAGAGGCCAAUCUUGUGUGCCAAGGAGUAAACAACCAGAGCUACAUCUGUGAGUUGGGUCAUUGCUGCGGAGAGACACAGUGCUGCAGCUACUACUAUGAACUGUGGUGGUUCUGGUUGGUGUGGACUCUGAUCAUUAUCCUGACAUGCUGCUGUGUGUGUCAGCACUGGCGCUCCAAGCAGCGCUUCCAGCAGCAGCGCCGGCAGAACGAGAUCAACCUCAUCGCCUACAGAGAGGCCCACAACAACUCUCAGCUACCCCUCUAUCUCAGAUUCUUGCCCAGCUCUCUGCUGCCAGCCUAUGAAGAGGUCUUUGACCGCCCAGCCACACCUCCUCCUCCCUACACCCCUCCCCAGCCAGAACCUGCACCAACAGACCCACCUGAGGAAUCUGCGUGCCCUCACAUGGCUGUCUCCGUCCCCAGUGAUGCAGAUGCAGCGCUCCCCGCUACUCCAGAAGCCACGCAGACCCACCUCCACAGUGCUUACAACCCCAACAAGGACUCAACACCGGGCAGGUACCGGCGCUUCACAGGGGAUUCUGGGAUUGAAGUAUGCGAUGGUCAGGAACUGUGGGAUCAACACGGCUUUAUAGAAAGAGAGGAAGAGACUGAGGAACGGGGGAUAGGGCACGUGGAGGACCCAUGUGAUCGCUGUGAUCCUGGUACCUGUGAACACAGUGAUCCAGUCAUUCAUGAAAACACAGAUGAACACACAGAGCCUCAGUCUCAGAGGUAAUCCAGAAUAAUGACUUUCAACCUGCAGAAACAGAACUCUGCAGCAGUCACUGAUGCAAUCUUAUACCUUUGGUGCUCAGGGGUUUGGUCUUUUAGUACAUGUGUUAAGUUUGUCUGACACCAGUGUGACAGGCCUGGAGACAGAGUAAAGUAUUUGAACACUCUCCAAAAAUUUGAAGCCAAAUCAUGUGAAGUGUGGUUUGAAGCAGAAAGUGUGUUGUUGUUUUUUUAAUAGAUUAAAAAAAAGCUUUCAAGUAUUUAUGACAGCCAGAAAAUCAGUGGUGGUCAAACUCUAGCUACUGUGUUAUAAGAGGUAUAAGGUUGACAAAUGUAUAUGGUCAGAUCACUGAACCCGAGCAGCUAUGCUAAUCUGAUGCUGCAGUCAGUGACAGAACAGUCACAACAGCUCCUUUAGUUAAACGAGGCACUGUGACUCAGAGAAGAGUUAACCAGAGGUUAAAGAGAAGGACAGUGCAAGUGGGCAUGAAUAGCAUAGCUGCUAUAACAUAAUAGCUAGAGCUUGACCAGUACUGAUUUUAUGGCUGAACUGAGCAGAUGAUCUCACUUCAACUUACUUUUUCUGUGAAUGACAAGCUGCAGUAUCAUGAGCUGCCUUCAGUCAAAGCCAAAGCCUGCCUGAACCAGCCUCCAUCCGGUGUGUGCAGUACAGCAGAUUACAGUCCUCCUUCACUAGAACUAACUCAUAAUAUCAGGGUUUAUUGUACAAUAUUCUUGUAGAAAAUGACGACAACAUGGCUGCUUCAUUCAGAAGUUCAUACAGAAAAAAAUCCAGUUGUGCUGCAAAGUGUUUGUUUCAGCAUACUGUUGAUUGUACAUUGAUCCAGUUCCUCGUGCACAGGAUUCCUUUAGUGAGUGAUCAUUAACCCCUGUGAGUCUCCAGUCGCCUGUCACACUGGUGUUAAUGAAAGAUUCUGAUGCCAUAGUGCCAUGAUGUGUAGCCUUAUGUAGCCUUUUAAUAGAAAUAUUUAGUUGAACUUAAUCAAAGCUCUGGAGUCUCUUUGACUUAGAGCUGAUAGCUGAGUAACCCGUCAGUGUACUCAAUAACACAUUCAUCCUUAUUUAAUCCAUGUACAGCUGUGUUUCCUUGUAGUUUGCCAAAACGACCUGCACACAUUGAAUUUGCUUGAAUAUGCUGUGCACAAACUGUUACCAAACUCUAGAAACAUAAAUAUCUGAACAUAUCAGCAUCAGUAUGGUUAUCCUGAAAACAUUUGUGUAGGAGGGAAUUGUUUGUAAUUCAUAAGUGUAUGUGUGUAUACAAAGGGAAUGACUGUGGUGCAAUUGGACGACACACUCCGUGUAUACAUGUGUCAGGCUGUUUGGGAAGCUGACAGUGAAACCUGAACCUUACAGUGCACUGAGGGAACUUUGCUCCAAUUGAGUCAGUUGAGCACUUUUUCCACAUAUGCAGCAUUGAACAGUGGUUUUCAGCACCUGGUGCUGCACUCUGUAAAUAUGCUCUUCAUUAUCUGCCAGAGAAAUUAUAUUUUUCUGUUGCAUUUUGUAUAAAAUAUAGUUAAUAAAAGUUAUGGAGAACA